CCACUUCUGGAUCUAUCGCGUCUCGUGUGCUUUCUUCCCUUUUUUCUCUUGUGUGAGGGAAGAAUCGUAUAUGUUUUCUCGGAUUUCAAUGUUUGCACUCUUAUGGGGCUUUGUCAGUUCCACUCCGCUUCCGCUCUAAAUUAUACACUCCUAAGCAGAAACCUUUCUUGCCGUUUGGUUAAUUUGUCUAGCUGGCUGCACUUCGGACACGAUCGAAAGCUGAUGAGGGACGUAGAUAUGGUGGGGCCUAUCGUGGAUCUGGAUGCUCCACUUGAGCGAGACACCAUUGUCGAGGUCCGCCAUGGCAAAAUGAAACCCAUGCCCGGCCUAACAAUCGAAUCGGACAUCGACAAGAGCAUCGUGGACGGCCCUAUCUGGGUUAGCAAGACAGGAAUUGACGGCGAUGAGCACGACAUGACGUUCCACGGUGGGCCUACCAAAGCCGUCCACGCAUAUUGCAGCGCCCACUACACCUCCUGGCAAACAUCUCACCCCUCCACCGCCCCACGCUUCACUCCCGGCGCCUUCGGCGAAAACCUUGUCUUCGUCCACCUCAACGAGCGCAAUGUCUGCAUCGGCGAUAUCUUUGCCGUUGGUCCCUCGGCCCCUUCCUCUACCUCCGCCACUCUGACCCUGCAAGUCUCCCAGCCCCGCCAGCCCUGCUUCAAACUCAACCACCGCUUCGGCCUCAAGAACUUUGCGCCCGAAACCACGCGGCUGAGCCGGACGGGGUGGUAUUUCCGCGUUCUGGAGGAGGGCUGGGUGGAGAAUGGGAUGGAGAUUAGGCUGGUAGAUAGGAAGUACGCGGAGUGGACGCUGGAGCGGUUGCAGGGCGUUCUUUACCGCGGGGCGGAGGGGGCCGCUGAGAUGCAGUUUCUGCUGGGUGUGGAAGAGCUGACGGACGAGAUCAAAGGCGUGGUGAGGCGGCGUCUCACGAAGCUCGAGGGCGCAACCAAGAAAAAAGAAGUCCUCUGGACAGACUGGAAGGUCGUGGACAAGGUGCAGCAAACACGCCGCAUCACGUCCUUUUCCUUCGCGGCCGUGCAUGACAAGGUAGACGCCACUCCCGAAGCAGGCUCGCACGUGAAGCUCCGGCUGCCCAACGGACUCGUCCGCGCAUACUCCAUCGUUCACGGCUCCCGCGGCCGCUUCGCGCUCGGCAUCGCGCGCGACGAAAACUCCCGCGGCGGCUCGAAGUACCUGCACGAGCACGUCAGCGUGGGCGACAUCCUCCAGAUCGGGUCCAUCACCCCGGGCAUCAAGCCCAAUGCCAUGGCGAGUAACCACGUCUUCAUCGUCGCAGGCAUCGGCAUCACGGCGUUCUUAUGGCUGGUCGAGGAGAUGGUUGGUGUGAACUGGAAUGUGCAGGUGCACUAUGCAGUGCGGAGCGCGGAGGAGAUGCCGUUUCGAACUCAGCUCGAGAAGCUAGGGAGCAGGGCUGUAGUGUAUGACAAGUCGAAGGGGGAGCGUAUGGAUGUGGAAAGCGUUAUCAAGGGCAUGCCGUGGAACUCGCAGGUGUAUGUCUGUGGGCCAAGGAGGCUCAUGGAUGAUGCGGUGAAGGCGGCACAGGAUACUGGUUUGGGAGAGAAGGAUGUGCAUUUCGAAGCUUUUGGGGCGGAUGUUGGGGGGGAUCCGUUUGAGGUUGUGAUUAGGGAUAAGGAGGAUAGAACAGUGCUGGUAACAGAAGAAGAGACGCUAUUGGAGGUGCUGCAGAGGGAGUUUGGCGAUGUGGUAGGGAGCAGUUGCGAGGUUGGAAACUGUGGGACGUGCAAGGUCAAACUGAGAUGUGGGAAGGUGGACCAUAGAGGCACGGCGUUGAGUGCGGAAGAGAAGAAGAGUGAAAUGUUGAGCUGUGUUUCACGAGGUGUCGGCAAGAUCGAGAUAGAGAUUGGGGAGUAAAGAGCAGUUUACUGCGCAAUGCGGUAGAGCAUUUCAGGAUUAGAUGUGCAAACGUCGAUACUUUCCUAAACUUGGAUAUUUUAAUGAG